GGCGUAGAAACAGAGUGCCGGGGUUAGAACGAGAGCCUAGUAGGCGAGAGUACAAGUGAUGACUCAUAAGGAAGCUGCGGCUACCGACGUAAUCACCCAUGCCUUGCCUGUUAACUCUGAUUAUGCGCAUGUUUUAUUUGAUUCGGGUGCGUCGCACUCUUUUAUUGCUCGAUCUUAUGUUUUGAAACGAGCUUUGCCUGUUGAUAUCUCUGAUUGUGAACUGCAUGUGGACACCCCUUUAGGAGGGGUGAUGACUACUAGGGAGGUGUGUAGAACUGUGGAUAUUUAUGUUGAUGGUAGACAGUUGAGUGCUAGUUUGUUUGUUUUAGAUAUCUCUGACUUUGAUAUCAUUUUGGGGAUGGAUUGGCUGUCAAAACAUUUUGCCUCUAUAGACUGUUAUCGGAAAUGGGUAAUUUUUAAUAUUCCUGGUGAGCUAGAAUUUAAUUUUCAAGGCAGUGUUUCUUUUGGUCCACCCGUGUUAGUAUCUGCCUUGCAGGCUCAGAAAUAUCUUGUAAAUGGUUGCCAGGGUUUCAUAGUCUCUAUUACUGAUGCUAGUAGUGUGACAUCGAGACUAGAAGACAUACCGGUAGUGCAUGAGUUUCCGGAUGUAUUUUCAGAGGAUCUCCCAGGUUUACCUCCGGAUAGAGAGGUUGAAUUUGCUAUUGACCUUGUUCCUGGCACCGGACCCGUUUCCAAAGCACCAUACCGUACGGCUCCUGCAGAAUUGAAGGAGUUAAAGGUCCAGCUGGAGGAACUCCUUGAGAAAGGGUUUAUACGCCCUAGUGUAUCACCUUGGGGAGCUCCAGUGUUGUUUGUCAAGAAGAAGGAUGGGAGCAUGAGGCUAUGCAUUGAUUACCGGGAAUUGAAUAAGGUGACUGUGAAGAACCGGUAUCCCCUUCCUAGAAUUGAUGACUUGUUUGACCAGCUCAAGGGUGCUCAGGUAUUUUCUAAGAUUGAUCUUCGAUCUGGCUACCACCAGGUGAAGAUUAAACCGGAUGAUGUGCCAAAGAUUGCCUUUCGCACCCGUUAUGGUCAUUAUGAAUUCAUAGUCAUGCCAUUUGGCUUGACAAAUGCCCCUGCCAGCCGCACUCUUCAUGAAAAGCACUUAAAGACAGUCCUCGAGACGUUGAGAAGGGAGAGGUUGUUUGCUAAAUUCAAGAAGUGUGAAUUUUGGCUAGAUAAUGUUGCAUUCCUAGAAAUCCGUAGCUUUCUGGGAUUGGCUGGUUAUUAUCGCCGAUUUGUGGGGGAUUUCUCUAGAAUUGCUCUGCCCAUGACUCGUCUUAUCAGAAAGGACACCAAGUUUGAGUGGACCCCAGAGUGUGAGAAGAGCUUUUUGACCUUGAAGGAGAAGUUGGCCAUUGCUCCUUUAAAGCCUUAUGAAGAAAAUUACCCUACCCAUGAUCUGGAGUUGGCAACCAUAGUAUUUGCACUCAAGAUCUGGAGGCAUUAUCUGUAUGGUGAGACUUGUGAAAUCUUCACUGAUCACAAGACCCUUAACUACCAUCCGGGCAAGGCUAACAAGGUAGCAAAUGCGUUGAGUAGGAAGUCCUCUGGCACUGCCUCUAGCAUCCUUGCCACUCAGAAGGAGUUACUUGAGGAUCUUGUGAAGCUGGAUGUGGAGUUGAGAGUGGACAACACUACGGCUUAUCUAGCCGCCCUCAGUGCACAACCGGCAUUAAUAGAUAUAAUUAAACUUGCCCAACAAAAAGAUUCUUUCUUGCAGAAGAUGAAGGAAAAAGUAAGAGCCGGGGAACCCCACAUGCAAGAAUUUAGGAUUUCUGAUGAUGAGAUUCUGUGGUUUGGUGACAAGCUGUGUGUACCCAGAGAUCAUGCUUUAAGGCGUGAGAUUAUGGGAGAUGCCCAUUAUAUUAGCUAUACAAUUCACCCAGGUAGCACCAAGAUGUAUCGCGAUUUACGUAGUACAUUUUGGUGGCGGAACAUGAAGAGAGAGAUAGCUAGAUUUGUCUCACAAUGCCUGACUUGCCAGAAAGUCAAGGCCGAACAUCAAAGACUUCCUAGAAAACUGCAGCCGUUACCUAUUCCUCAGUGGAAGUGGGAAAACAUCACCAUGGACUUUGUGACUAGAUUACCACGAACCUUUAAGGGUAAUGAUUCCAUCUGGGUCAUCGUUGAUCGAUUGACCAAAUUAGCUCAUUUCUUACCCUACCGGACUGGCACCUCCAUUGAAAAGCUUGCUAAUAUGUACAUGCAGGAGCAGGCACUCGGUACUCAAUUAAAUUUCAGCACGGCCUUUCAUCCUCAAACUGAUGGGCAAUCUGAGAGAACUAUUCAGAUACUUGAGGACAUGUUGAGGGCUUGUGUUCUAGAUUGGAAGGGUUCAUGGGAUCAACACUUAUCCAUGGCUGAAUUUGCAUAUAAUAAUAGUUAUCAGUCCAGCAUCCGCAUGGCACCGUUUGAGACUUUGUAUGGUCGAAGGUGUAGAUCACCUGUUUGUUGGAUGGAAGUGGGCAAAAGGAGCAUUUUAGGCCCAGAAUUGGUGCAGCAAUCUUCUGAGAUUGUGCAGUUGAUCAAGGAACGCCUUCGUGCUGCACAAAGCCGGCAGAAAAGCUAUGCGGAUAGAAGGAGACGAGACCUUGAGUUUGAAGUUGGUGACCAUGUAUUUUUGAAGGUGUCACCUACUCGAGGUAUCCUCAGGUUUGGCAUCCUGGGAAAAUUGAGUCCAAGGUAUAUUGGACCAUAUCCCAUCUUGGAAAGGAUUGGCGAGGUAGCUUAUAAAUUGGAGUUGCUUGGAAAUCUAGCAGGUGUUCAUGAUGUGUUUCAUGUGUCCUUACUUCGGAAGUAUGUUCCCGACCCGAAUCACAUCAUUAAUCCCAAACCAAUUCAACUCCGGGAGGAUCUUACUUAUUACGAGCACCCGAUCCGCAUUUUAGAUUUCAAGGAGAGGAUGAUGCGGAGAAAGACCAUUCGUUUUGUUAAGGUCCUCUGGGACAACCAUUCGGUUGAAAAAGCUACUUGGGAGUUGGAAUCCAAGAUAAGGCAGGAACGUCCGCACCUCUUCCAAGAUUGAGGUAGUGAGACCCGACGCGUGGAAAGCCCAGGGGAGUGACGAGCUAGACGGCUAGGCACUUUUGGACUUAGGUUUUUGUAGCUAAGCCGUUAGUCACCCAUGCUUGACAUAGUAAAUUUUGUGUAUAGAAUUUAGUGUUAGUCAUGAUUGUAUAUAUGAAGUGAUAAAUUUUGUACAUCUGA